AUGUCCAUCAGACAGCUAUGCAGACAGACCACCAAGCGCCCAUUGAAUGCGCUGUUUUACUUCCGUGGCAAGGAAAAAACUGGAAUCGCGCCAAUUCGAGUUAUCGUUGACAAACAGCUUGAUCUUGUUGUGGGAAUGGUGGUAACCGUCAACUGGAACGGAAAAAAAAUGGAAGGCGAGAUUCUAGCUUUGAAUGGUAAGUUUUAAAUUGUAUUGUUUUGUUAGAGCAAAUAAGAAGUAGACUUUCUCGUAAGACAUUUGCAGGAAAAAUUUAAUGCCAAUCUUUUAUCUCAUGGUUCCGUGUUCAUUAUUGUCCGGGGUUUCGUUGAGCCAAACACACGCUUCAAUAGACAUUCACUCAAUUAGCUUGGAUUAAUUGGCACAUACAUGUAGUGCUAACAAUAUUCCAAUUUUCUUUUAGACGACAUUACAGUCCUGAACACGAAGGAUUUAGAGUGGUCUAAAAAGAACCUCCCUGGUGCUGUGAGCCCUGAGUCAGAGAACGCUGACGAGAGAGAGAACACUGUGCCCGCUAGUCAGAGCCCGCAAAAGAGAGUGGAACGCCACCAAAAGGUAAGUUCAUUAUAACUUCUUUCAUUAAAACAAAAUCAAUGCAGCUAGAUUUGCUAACGACUCAGCUGUUUGAUCACAUCGAUACCAAAACUUUGUUGAAACAAAAAUCGGGUACUUUCGUUUCCAUCACAGCAUUUCUAUGAGAAAUGCUUUCUUAAAGCCAAAACGGCCAGGUAUCGUCUGACGUGCCAUCUUGGCCUAUUCGACAGCAACGAACAGCGAUUGAGCACGUGCACAAUGUAACGCGAUACAGAUAUAGACACCAAACACUGAUGAUUUUUGAAAUGACUGGCGAGUUCUAUAUAGUGAUUUCAUUAUUGCAUUCUAGAAACGACUAACGGGCUCAAAUAAUCAAUUCAUUAAUGUAAUCUUGAGGGGUACGCUUAACUUGGUUUGACUGUAUUAUACACAUUAUUGACGUGAUUAUUUUUCUUUGUUUCAGCCCAGUUCAGCGAAUAAACCUGAAUCUUCUGCUUACGAGGAAUUCCUAGUCCAGCAAAAGAAGCGAGCGCUGGAGUGGAAGUCAAACCGUGAGGCCAAGAACGCCAAGAAGGCCAAGGCACAGUCCACAUCUGCGACAAGCAGCAAUGAACAAGACCAUCGCGAGGACACCGUUUCUGUUCUGCGCCAGCAGCUUGCCGCCAAAACAGAGGAAUGCUACGAACUGAAGAGCAAAUUGGAAAACGCUGAAGCAGCAAAAGCUCAGAUCCUUAGGAACCAAGUGGAAAUGCAGGAUAACUUUUUUAAGGUAAUGUUUGUCUAGAUGUAUUCACUGAAGACACUAUCAGGUACUAGAAAGAAGUCUGUAGAUUUAAGCAUGGUUUGAACGUCGCAGCUUCCAAGUGUAAACCAAAUUUUAAAACAAGCAAGAUUCUGAGUCGGCGAAAACAAGCACAGGACUAUGCUAUUUCAUUCAAAAAUAUUCUCUUCAAAAUAUAAAGAGGAAUACACGAUUCAAACUUAUAUAUGGGAUUUCUUGGUUCAGAAAAUCAUUUAUGUGCUUAUCACAACAUACCGGGACCAUACCAUACAGGAUCGAAUUUACAAAUCUCGCUUCCAUAGGCGACUUUCAAGUUUCCUUGAUUACCGUUCAGAAACACAAAAAAUAUUGUCUGCAAGAGCUUUUCGCCUAUAAUACUAACUCUGCGAAAAGUUCUUAAAGAAAUUUACAACAUCGUAGGGUCUCAUUUGUUUAUACGCGCAGUCUUCGGAAUCUUUCGGCGUAAGAACUUCUUGCGCCACUUCUUGCGCGUGCAUUAAUUUUGGGUUGUACUGUAAUUCUUUUCUAAUCAACAUUGUUUACUCUUUACAGCUCCUUGAGAACAUACAGGCCUCUGUGUCAAGAAUUGAAGAGCGCCUGAUCACAAGUUCCGAUGUCUCAAACCUUGAAAGACGCCUCGAAGUACUGGAGGGACAGGCCGCAGAAAAUCAAUUUGACUUGGGAAGAAAAUCGUAGGAAAAAAAUGACAAUGUUCCUGAUUUGGACGCUCCAAAAUUGCAUUAUAUUCAUUAACAAGGGACAACUGCCAGUCUUUACUAAUUCAUUUUUCCAGUUUUCAAUUUCUUGCAAUGUGCCGUGAAAUACGUUUUGUUGACAAUCUGUUGAAUAACCUUUUUUUUAUUUUACCAGCUGAAUGCCAUUAUUCCAGAAUGCGAAACUUCAGCCGAGGGCUCUGCGGAAGCAGAAGGAGGGAACGAAGACCUGUCCACUAUCGAUUACAACACCCUAAAUGUUCUUCGCGAGGAAAGCCAAACUACCAAGAAACAAGAAGCCGCUCCCCAGGAAGUCAGCGAGGAGUUGAUCAGCACAUGUGUCACACCGCGUCCUAG